UAAAAGCGCCAGACGGUGGCUCGCACGCGCGGCCAGGCUCAAAGCGCUCCACCAACUUUAGUUUCAUUUUAGAUUAUAAAAAAAAAACACUUAAGUUCGUAUAUAUUUUUCCAUUAUAAGACAAGAAAGUCGUUGUUUUGCGUGUCACAAUGGCCAACGCGCACCGGAAUAACGUGCUCGUGACGUCGUGUCUGAAGCAGCCGGUGGAUCCGCAAACCAGGGCGCCGCUAGCCUCCUACGAGCGGGAGAAAGAGACGCCAAACUCGGCCACGGUUUACGUGGACAACCGGGACGACUACCAAGAGAAGCAGGAUGAGGAGCCGCAGGAGGGCAUGCACGAGAAGGGGGAUGCGUCCAGUGUCACGCCCCAGGAGAAGGCGUGUACGGAGCGCAUGAACCUGCACGACAUCUUUUUUUCCAAUGAAGAGUAUUACAGUAAGCUUGAGGAUCUGAAGAAGGCUCACCUGCGCACUAUGGCUGAGCUGGAGAGCAUGUACCACCACAAAAUGCAACUGCACAAUAAGGCGGGCUCACCCUACAUGCACCAACGACAGCAUGGCGGUGGGUCACAACAUCUGAGAAAAUCUCGCUCUGCCGCGGAGCUCCUCAGAGAUUUAGGGACGAUUACGUCAUCUUCGUCCGAUGAGGCAGAAGAAGUGGAGAAAGGCCAGCUGUUCUCCCCCAAAGAAUACAUCAAAAACAUGUGGACCGACUUCAAGUUGUCACCUAGGACGCGCCACCUAUCCACAUCACUGCCAGGAGACCACAGCGACCUCCAGCCUCGGCGAAGGACCGGUCAACACGAGGUGAGCAUCUCGGUUCCCAAGGUGACGGUCCCUAAGCCCUUCCAGAUGACACUACGCGAGGCGGAACGCCGGCGGUGUGGCAUCAAAACGCGUUCUGAGGUUGAGCUGGAAAACGCCGAGCUGAGGCGGCAACUGGAGGAGAUGUCCGAGUGCCACAAGAAGUUUCGCGCCAGCCCCGUGCCGGCGCACCUUCACCUGCCGCUGUAUGAGGAGCUCCAGGAACGCCAGGAACGACGCAGAAACAUGCGGGAAGAGCGCCAUCUCAAAACCAAGCCUUUCAGCUUUCUGGAGAGGGAGCGUCUGAAGAAGGAGCAGCAGCAGAAGCAACAGAAAGAGCAGGAGCAGCCUGUUCAGCCAGAACGGCCAAAGCCCUUUAAGGCCAAGCCGGUGCCCAAGUCGGUGUACGCGGCGGCGGCGGGUGAGCUGAAAAAAGAGGAGCAGCUCUUCCGAUCCAUGAAGAAGCAGAUGAGAGCCGAGCAGAUGCUUCAGAGCGCCGCCGCGCCCCCGAGCACGCUAACCAAAAGACUGGCGGCGAGCAAGAAGAGCAAAGCCCAGCCCCAGACAUUCACCCACCGCCCGCACAUCAACAAGGACAUGCCCGACCACAACAACACCUUCAGACGCUUCCAGAAACGCAUGGAGAGGAACAAAGAGGUGAAGCCCACCACGGUGUGUGAGCCUUUUCAGCUGAGAACGGCCAAGAUCUCGCAUCGUGAGCGCACCCCGGCCGAGAAGCAGCAGAACAGCCCGCAGAUGCAUCGCUGGCCGUACGUUAAGAGCUCCAAUACGGCAAACUCCAGCCUCUGCUCGUCCCUCUCGGGGAGCAUGGAGCUCCUUCCGGCAAAGGACACGGAUGCCACAAAGAAACGACACGAGGCCGUGAGGCAAGCUCUGGAGCGCAGGAAGAGGGCCGAGCAGGAGGAGGCGCGCUGGACAGAGAGACAGAAGGAACGUGAGAAAAAUCUGCAGAAACUGGUGCAAAAGCGGGCCAGCGCCAACGACCCGCACCUGGCACUCACGCAGACGCACGACCACAAACUCCAAGAAUUCAGAAAACAAGACCGCCAACGCAGGAAGGAAUAUCAACAGGAGAUUAGGGAGAUUGAAGAACGCGUGAAAGGCAGGCCACUGCUUCUUGAACAAGUUGCUCAGAAGAACGCCAAGCAGGCGGCACAGAAGCAUUUCGCUGACACGCUGCACAAAGUGCACCUGAGUGAGGACUUUGUCAGCAGGAAGGCCGCGGCAGCACGCGCCCGCGCUGGUGGCACACGCGAGCCUUCGGAGUCUGAGGAUGCCGCCUUGGAGCUGGUCCACUACCGGAAGGUAUUAUUGGAUGACCAAGACCAGGAGGAGGAGCAGGAGGAAGAGAGAGAUAUAGCUUCACCUGCUGGCAGCGAAGGGGGCAAGCGGCAUCAUUCCGACAGAAGCUGUAACUACUCAGACGAUGAUGACCAUUACUCUGACGAGGGAGAGCGGGAUCAGAAGGAGGCUAAAGACGAGAAGCGGGAUGAGGACCAGGAACAUGCUUGACUCAUGUACAGUUGAUCUUCACUUUUCAAGACCUGAUGCAAAUUCAUAAUUAGUAGAAGUUAUAUGUCAACUAAUAUGCAUAACAGAAAAGAAAUACAUUGUAUAUUGGAUACAUGCAUAGAUAUUAUGUGUAUAAUAGGUUUUUCUUUAUUCCCUAAGAAUAUUUUUUCUAUAAAAGCUUUAACCAUGCUCUUCCUUGCCAUCAGUAUACAAAUAAUGUAUUAUUUAUUCAUUUUAAGAACUUAAAAACUUGAUUUGUGGUGGAAUUGUUUUAUAAUGUUUGAUAUGGAUUGGAAUAGUCUUUGCUUCAAGACCACAGUAAAAACAUGUAAUUUCUAGUAAAUGCAAAUUGUUAACGACUGGGGCUUUGUAUAAAAUGGCUUUGUAUAAAAUAGCUUUGAGUGAUACUACCUGUGUACUUUUCCCGGACCUUGUAAAGAGUGUAGACUAGAGAUUUUCUAAACCUUGUUGGCCAGUAAAAAUACUAUCACCAUUUUGUUUCCCAUUUUUAGUUUUAAAGCAGGGAUAGGGAUUCCAGUCAUUGUGCCUUGUUGAGUUGACACCCUACCUUGACUUGUUUAAGUUUCAGGGCUAGAAAUAUGAAGCGUUAGCUCAGUCAGUUAAUACAUUUUGACCACAUUGCCCGAUCUAACAAGUAAAAAAAAGUGAUUUGACUUUGGACUUUUUUUUUUAAAUAAUAAAAUACGCCUUUGUGGUUGUUUAUAUUGUGUUGUUUAUUCAGAAAAUACAGCUUGACAAAAUUAGGUUUAAGCAGGGGACAGAAAAAAGCGGAAGUAAAUAGGGAUACAAAAACAUGACAAGAUGGGGAACAAUAAAUCUAAAUCUUAUUGAAUGCCACCUGGUUAAGCAGCUUUGCAAGCUCUUUACAACAACCCUAAACGAAGGGUCUCCAAGUGGCUAAUGGAUACAUCAAGUAAGCAGUAGGAUAGGAAGAGAGGUCAGAUUAGUGUAUGAGAGGUCUGGGUGAGUGUGCAAGCAGUGUUAAGAAUUUGUAGUGGGAACCCAGUAUUAAAACAAAUUAGCUGACCGCUGCGCAAGAGCUAUUUUUAAGUAUGCAGUUGAUUUAAUACAUCUAUGAGCUGUAUGAACAACCAAGCCCUUUUAAAAUCAAACAAUAUACGGCUAUUUAAAUGUAUAUUGUAUAUGGCGAAAAACAGACAAGACUGAAAAAGCAGUUU